AUGAAGCUUGUUACCACCUUCAUAAGCGUAUUAGCUUUUCCUUCUACUUUUCGAGCUGAUUCAUACCAGCACUUUGUGCAAGGAGACAAUUUGUCUAGCGAUACUAUUCCGACCUUGCUGGACGAAACAUCCAACAAUCGCGUUGUUCAAGUUAAGAACGUUUUACCAAAAAGUACCUCAAGCAACGAUAUCCGUACCCCUCUCGAGAAAACAGGCAUCGUUCCCAUCGGGAUGAAGACAUACGUUGCUGGACUUCGCACUACAGUUGAUGGUACUAACUUCUGCAGUGCGUCACUCAUUAGUCCAAUUCAUCUUCUCGCUGGGACGUCCUGUACACUCGAGGAUAUACGUUGGGCCUCGAUUGGUUCGCAUUAUGUAAAUGGAACCCAAGAUGGUGAACAGAUCAAGGUCGUGGCGAUUCUCACCCAUCCAAAGAGCUUAAGACGCGGCUUCACGUACGACUUUGCUGUUCUUGUGCUAAAGAAACCCAGCAAGUUUACACCUGUGGCAUUAGCUAAAUCAGACGAUUCCGAUGUUACGGACGGCGAAUGGGCUGUCACAAUGGGCUGGGAUGACGAUGAAGGCUUAAGUCAGAUGGGCUACGAGUUAUUCCGUUCUAACGUCCAGCUGAUGAGCAAUUCAAAUUGCGCCAAAGAAACAAAGGUGACCGAAUCCUUGUUGUGUUCACGUGGAGCUGCCAGCCAAACAUCGUGCUCAGGUGAAUACAGUGGACCAGUGGUUGUGGAGCGUUCGAGCGGUGACGUGAUCGUUGGCUUGGUGACCUGGGGUGACGACUGUGACAAGCCUGGCUACCCCAGUAUAUACUCGCGUGUAUCGAUUGCUCGUGCAUGGAUCGACUCUGUUAUAAAUGGUGUAUGUUUCCACUGA